AUGAAAUACCUCCUCGCCUUCACCCUCCCUGCCCUCCUCCCCCUAGCAGAAUCAACACCACACCCCCUCCGCCGCACAACCUAUGGCCCCCAAACUUCUUCCCACAUCGACGAAGUCCUCGCCGGCUCUCGACCAUGCUCCUCUUCUGCCGUGGUAAUCGGCCGCGAGACAUGGGCGCCGGGUAACAUCGGCGUGUUCUGGGGCGCGCGCUUCCGCGACGAGCUGGUAGACGCGUUCGAUGGCGACGUUGACGUCCAGGGCAUACACCGCGAGGACUACCCUGCUAACCUGGUGGAUUACCAUAUCGGUGGCAGCGACACUGGGGCGGAUUCGUGCGCGAGGAUGGUGGACGAGUACGUGGAGAAGUGUCCUGGGGCGAGGGUUUUCGUCACGGGAUACAGCCAGGGCAGCCUCGUGGCAUACAAAUGCGUCAACCGCGUGAGCGCCGCAGCCCGCGCGCAGAUCAAGGCACUCGUGGUGUUCGGCUCUGAGGAGCGCCUCAUGGACGACGUGCAGCCCGUUCCCAAAGGCAUCAUCCUUAAGAACUACUGCGUGGAGAAUACUACGGCGCCGGAUGUCGUUUGCACCGAGACGCUUACUUCGGGCAUCGAGUUGCCUAACAGUGUGGGGGACGUUGUCGCGCAGUUGAAAGAGACGGUCGCAUCGCUCAAGAAUGUUGUGACUAAUGAAGAUCAGUUGAAGGAGGUGGCUACGAUUCCGGCGCUUUUGAUUAGAGACUUGCCGGCCACGUUGCCGUGGAUUGCGAAAGAUGUCGCGCAGGGCAAGAUCAGGAGGUGGAUGAUUCUUCCUCCACACUUAUUGUAUGGGUUUAAUGGAAUGACGACGGACGCAGCUGCAUGGAUGGCCGGUGUGGCUUGA